UGCCGUGUUUACUAACAAAGUCAAUGUUUAGUGAUUUUUUUUGUUUUUGCCUAAAUUACGAAUAUUAUUUUAGUUUUAGUCACUAUUUCUUACCAAAUAGUAAAAUAUUAUAUCCGUGUUAUUGUCGUUAACAGCCGAAAUUUAAAUUUACGAUGGUUUUUACCUGGUGCAGUGUUCCAUUGUGUAAAAAUCUAGCCAGCCCUCAUAAGGAUCACCAAUUCUACCCGUUUCCGGAGAAUCCAGAUCUUCGAUCGCAAUGGAUACAACGGACACUUUACACUGGGGACAUUGUCGGACGGGAAGCAGUUUGCUGUUUGCAUUUUACCAAGGACAAUUUCGAGUAUUGCAAGCAAACGAAUAGCUACGUGUUGAAACCGUUCGCCGUCCCCAAUCAGUUUCUACCAAAGAUGGGCGAAUCGGAAAGUUUCCAUUUCAUUCCCAGCAAAAACAAUAUCACGAAACAAGAUGCUGGUCUGCACUUUUCAGAGCUGGUGCGGAAAUUACGUGUCUCGGCGCCCGCUAAUGUUUCGAAGGCGAAAACGAUUCGUUUGUCCAAAAAAGACUUGGAAGUGCGGAGGAAACUGAAGGAAGACCCUUACAUCCGGGAGUACGUAAUGAAAGAGGCCUUUCCCAAUCUGAACUAUGAUCAGCUGUCGUCACUGCUGAAGCGAGUUUCCGAUCCGAACGGAAAGGUGGGCAUUAGCCACAGCUCGGUGAAGCACGUGAUUUCGUUGACCUACCAAACCACGGCGGACCUGGAGGCAUCCGAUGAACUCAACGCACGCAAUGUAGUUCGGCUGGCCCGAGAUGAACCGUGCUACUCGCGCACGAAACCCCGUGAAUUGGCCGACGAGCUGGACUUUACCGGUCAGGUUAGCUUCUCGGAGAAGUUUCCGAACAUUUACCGGGACAACUAUUUCGACAGUUGGCCCACGCAGCGCCGGAAGCGCAGUAAAGUGGGCAUGAACUUGGACUUAGAUGAGGUAGCCGACCCUAUCUAUAAGGUUUGCAGUAGAUGCUGCAAGCUGAUACCCAGCGAAGCCAUCGCAGUCCAUCUACAAACGUGCGAUUUUCGAAUGUCUCAGUGUACAACCUGUUUCGCUGGGUUUCUAUCACCGACUGAGCUGCUCGAUCACGUCACAGCCACCCAUCCGGAUGCACUGAAGGACGAUGCUGAUACGGGGGCGUUGCAGUGUGGCAAGUGCGACAAUACCUAUCACAAGCUGCCACACUUAAAGAAGCACAUAGAAGAUCAUCAGAAGGCCAAACUGGACACAAAGCUAGAGUGUGGGUUGUGCGUUUCGGUGUUUUCGACGUUGAUUGACCUGACGGCGCAUUUUGGCAACGAUCACGGUAUUGGCCGGGGAGCAGUUCCAUCAGCAAUAGAGGUACCAAUCGAGGCUGGUCCCGUUUUCUACAGGUGUGGCUUUUGCGGGGAAGAUUUUGAACAGCCUCAGCAAGUGGCCGAGCAUCUACAGGAGAAGCACGCGGAAGAGUUGAAACAAUGUACCCAACAACAGCCUUCGAUUGGCGCUACCAUCAAGCCAGCAUCCAGCAAGAAAGCGCUCAAACUUACCGAUGCCGAUAUGGGAGGACCAGAAGGAACUUUCGACAUUUUCCUGUGUAAGCAAUGUCCUGCACGUUAUCGACUCCUCAAAGACUUCCUGGCCCAUUCGGAACUUAGCGGACACCAGCUGCUGCAAAAUUGCACCUUUUGCGAAUGUGUUUUUACGGAUGAAACUAGCUACAACGAUCACAUAAACACACACAAUCCGGAAAAGUUGUUUCGCUGCAAUAAAUGCAUUGGUCCUGCAAGCAAUUUCGAAACCCUGGAGCAGCUUGUUGAACACCGCAAAAAAAUACACCCCAAGGAAACGAGUUGGCUAUUCAAGCCCUGCCAAGUCUGCAAAAAAGGUGUCUACGUUCCUACAAUGGGCCAGCAUAAGGCUUUCCACCGGAACAACGCGCAGUUUCAGUGUCCCGAAUGCGAUGCCAUCGUUCCCCAGCAUGAUCGCAAAUCUCACGCCCAGCAGCACCACAAUGAGCAGAACGCUCUUCGCAAGUGCCGAUUCUGUCACGUGUUCGAGGUGAAGGAGCUACUCACGGAGCACGAAUCGAUUUACCACCCGGAGGAAAGUCCGUUCGUUUGUGCACUAUGCAACACGAAGUGCGACAGCCAAGAGCAGUUACGAUUGCACGCCGAUACGUCCCACAGCCCAGCGGAUUUCAAAACCCUGGGAACGAGUUUGUACAAAACCAUCUCCGUUGAGAAUGCCGAAUACUACGAGUGUCGAAUUUGCCUGAUUGAUCUCGUUUACCGGGCAGAAAUGGUAAAACACAUCCGGGCGGAUCAUAUGAGACGGCCGCGCCAAAACACCUGCACCAUUUGUGGUCGGAUUUUCCGCCGAACCCAGACACUGCUCACCCAUCUGAAGAAGCUCGAGUGUCAACCGGGUCAAAAUUUGCCGCUGGUUAAAAAACCCUGCUCGGUGUGCAAAAAGUGGCUCCUGAAGCAGGACCAUCUGGAACACUUCAAGCGGGUCCACCCAGGAUCGUUCCCCGUCCAGUGCGUACUCUGCGGCCAAUCGUACAAGGAGCAAUUUCAGCUGCAACAGCAUAUGGACAUCGACCACACCGGAGAGGAACGGAGCGAGUUUGUAAUGCGCCAUCGCGGCUACCAGGUGUUCGUCGAUGGGAAGUAUCAGUACUUCGACUGCAAGCUGUGCGGUCAGGAGUUUACCCACCGGCAGACCUGCGAGGAACAUCUGCAAGUGCACUCCGUGGGUUUGACGCUGUCGGAUGCGGACGUAGUUAUGGAAGUGGAUGUGGUGGACCAUGUUGACAUGGACGAAUACGAUGAUGAUGAGGAUUGAUGUUAGUGUAAGGGAUAACGUUAAGAUACCCGUUGAGUGCAUUGAGUACCUAAUUGUGUGAACAUUUCAUGCGAAUAUGA